GGACAUUCUGACCAACCUGAACCUCACCAAGUGCGAUGGCCUCAUGGUGGCGGAGCAGCUCUUGCGCGACCCCGCUCUAUUCCAACGAGCGAUCGGCUCGGCGCCUUCGGUGCUGGAGCUGGCGGCGGAGUAUUGCGGGCACUGCCUGGCGGAGACACAGCGCUUCACCGCGUGGGAGGCGGAGAACGUUGACGUGCUUCGUAGCCACCUGAGGUCGAUGCUCUGCGGUGGGGUGGGCGCCUCGGAGGCGGAUCCGGGCACCGAGCGGCUGCUGGGGGAGGCGACCCGGGCACGGGCCAGGUAUGUGCUCGACUGGUGGCGGAUCCAGCAGGCUACCUCGGUGGAAGAGGCGGUGGCACUCUACCGCGAGCGCUGUGCCAGCAUAUGCCCAGAGGCGAGUGCUGGCUUUCCGGCGCCAGCCGCACCGCCCGCGCCGCGGCAAACGGCGCCCAGCUUCGAGGCGACGCCGCGGCUGGCGCGAGGCUGGCUCCUCAGCGCUGCGGCUGCGGUCAAGGCGCUGGCGGUGUCGCUCUAUGCGUGGCUGUGGCCAACGCCGUGCCAGCCCAGUGCUGAGAGUUUGCUUGUGGUCACGCGCAGGCUCUACGAGCCCUUGAUUGAGAAGACCGUGGACACUGAGGUCAAGGCCCAGAAUCUUUCCGGCUCCCAGCGGCUGCGGCGCAUCGCGCAGUACCGGCGGCAGGUGCGCACCCCGUCGAUGAGCGAUGUGCUCCAGCAGCCGCAGAACGUCUGGGAGAUUGUGGAGUUCGGCUUGGACAGCGCAGAGUAUGCGGUUCAGGCCGUGGCCGAAACCUUUACCCAGCUGCAGCGCCAGAGAACGCACCCAGUGCUGGUCGUGGUGGACGACUGGAACGAGUGCUUCCCCUGCUCGGAGUACGUGUCCAUCCGCUACGACAACACCCGGUUCAACGGCUACAUCCCCGCCUACCACCUCUCCAUGCCUCGAGCGCUACAUCGCUGGGACGGCCGGAAGUACCGGCGUGGGUUGAAGCUCUGCGCCACUUCUUGGCAGCGCUACAAGCGCCGGCAGUACCGACCAGAGCUGCUGGGAGUUCAAGAUUAUGAGAUCAGGACGGUGCGGAACUUCACGCAGCAGGAGUUCGCCAAUUAUGUGAUGUACCUGCGUCUCAUGAACGUGGUGCACAAGUUCCCUCCGGAGGAUUUGGAGUACUUCUAUAUGCUCACUCAGGGCAACGGUUGGCAGGCCCGGCGGAUCCUGUCCACACUCUAUUGAGUCACCUCCACCUCAAGACCGAUUCGAAAUGGGAAUGGGAGA